ACAGCUGCAGGUUCCCCGUCGGAAUCGGGCUUGAUUUGUCACCCACCGACCUCCAGAGCACUUGCAGCUGCGUGCCCGGUGCAGCACAGCAACCUCAGGGCUUUUAUAGACAACCAAGAUACCAAGAUCGAUGGCGGCCAAUAGUCCACUCGCUGCAAUACCACGCGUUGUCCUAUAUCCGACGCUCGAUGGACUAGUGGCAUGCCUUUAUCCCCUUAAAGGCAUCUUCUAUUUCAUCACACAUCCUUUUCUGUACCCCCUGCUCCGGGCUAGGCUGCUCCCCGCUUUUCUUCUCUCCAUAUUCGUUCUGCUCAACCUCUUCCUUUGGACCUAUCUCCCACAGGUGGCGUUUCUGGCGCUCUUUCAAAAGCAUGGGUCUGCAUGGGUUAAUGGCACCUUUCUGGUGCUUGGAGAGGGUGCAGCUAUAGUAGCCAUACUUUUCGAAGCUUUCCUCGUGGAUGAAUCCCAAGUGGACGUCUUCGACGCCGUCCUUGUUGAGGAGGGUUUCGACGAUCUCGUCCGCAACUACCGGCCAGUAUCUGAAGAUUCACUCAACAAUCCCGUUAAACGUCUAGGGAAGCCGACCAAACCAUCCGUAUACGGGCCCUUUUCGUUUCGACAGAUUGCAGAGUUCGUCCUUCUUCUCCCGCUGAAUUUCAUACCGUACGUGGGUGUGCCUCUGUUCCUGUUCAUGACGGGCUAUCGAGCUGGCCCGCUACAGCACUGGCGCUACUUCAAGCUGCGCGACUUGGACAGGAAGCAGAGGAAUGCGUUUGUGAAGAGGCGCCGGUGGCAGUAUACGUGGUACGGCGCAGUGUACCUACUUUUACAACUGAUCCCGGUCUUCAGCAUGGUAUUCCUCUUGACCGCUGCAGCGAGCUCGGCGUUGUGGGCCGCGGAUUUGGAGAAGCAACGAAGAGCAUGUGAGGUCAGGGUGGCGCAGUCUCAGGAGUAUAGGGAUGAGCCGGAGGGGAAUUUGGUAUAACAAUGAGCCGUUC